CUUCUACGAAGAAAACCAAUCCUCCCCGAUAGCCGAAGCCGAAGCCGAAGCCGCCCUGCUCUGACACCUCGAUUCACCCCGCCUCGCCGCCGGCCACCGCCGCCGCAGAUCAGGCGGCUCCAGCGGGCGGUAGGGCUCCUCCUGUAGGAGGAGUUGGUGGGUACCGUCGCGUUCUUCUUUCCCCUAGCUAGGUCUCGCCAGAAGGAGGAGGAGGCGGUGGCUGCGGCGCGGUCGCCAUGGAGGCAUACAAGCUCUGGGUGCGCAAGAACCGGGACCUCGUCCGCUCCCUCGAGUCGUUGGCCAAUGGGCUAACGUGGAUACUUCCUGAGCGCUUUGCCAACUCUGAGAUCGCACCAGAAGCAGUAUAUGCAUUUCUGGGUAUCGUGAGUUCUGUCAAUCAGCACAUAAUUGAAACGCCAACUGAUGGUCAGACAUUGGCCUCCAAAGAGCAAUCUAUCCCAUGGUCCCUUGUUGUCUCAGUACUUAAGGAUAUUGAGGCAGUUGUUGAGGUGGCUGCCCAGCACUUUGUUGGAGAUGAUCGCAAAUGGAGCUUUCUUGCUGUUACAGAAGCUGUGAAAGCAGGUGUCAGGUUAGCUGCUUUCGGGGAGAGUGGCUACAAGAUGCUCUUACAAGGAGGAGAGGUGGCAAAUGAAGAGGAGAUUAAUAUUCUUGAUGAAAAUUUUGGAGCCAAAAGUAAUGGAGUACCAGUCAUUUAUCCGAUGAAUGGCCAUUUCCAAAAUGGUCAUGGGGUUGCAUCUAAUGGUCUUGAUGGAAAGGCUGGAUUUGUAUCAAAGAGUCUGGAGGGAAGAGCUGUAGCUGCUCUUAACAAGUUUGGCCAGAAUGCAAAGAUGACGUCAGAUCCCAUGUGGAUGAAGAAGGCUCUGCCUCCUCCUGAUCCUCCUGCGAUGGUGGUUGAGAAGCCAACUUUGGCAAGUAUUUGGUCUGCUAAAGGAAUUUCAGGGCGGUUAUUUUUGUUAGGAGAAGUUGUCCACAUAUUCAGACCACUGCUAUACGUACUUUUGAUCAAAAAAUUUGGAAUCAAAUCAUGGACCCCAUGGUUAGUGUCAUUAGCUGUGGAGAUCACAAGUCUUGGCAUCCAUUCACGUGCAACUGAUCUUCAUCAAAGAGGGGGAAAAGUUCAUCAGCUCUCAUCUGCUGAGAGGGACGAGUUGAAAAGGCGAAAGAUGAUGUGGGCCCUUUAUGUCAUGAGAGAUCCAUUCUUUACCAGAUACACCAAGCGCCAUCUCCAGAAGGCUGAGAAAGUGUUGGAUCCAGUGCCUCUUAUUGGUUUCCUUACAGGCAAACUCGUAGAGCUAGUGGAGGGGGCUCAGACACGAUAUACAUACACAUCGGGCUCAUAAGGAUAAUGGACAAGCAGGCAGAUGUCAUGUCUGAGAGUUUCCUUAACGAUUUGCCAUGAUUAACCUUUUGUGGUUCAUGUGAUCUGGUUGAUGGGUUUUGUUUUGAGCUUGAUCCUAAUCCUAUCUGUACAUGCCAUUUCCUUAGCAAGAUUUGGCAUUCCUACCUGAUGUCUUGGGGCUGCAAAGCUGUUGCGGCCACUGUAAACUCUCCUCUCUCCUCUGGUGGCAGCUCAGCUGAGAAUCUAACUAUACUAUAGUAUAUCGGUGUAAUAUUAAGAAUAGGCACAUCAUCCCUGCAACGAUACCGUGUAUUUAUUUACCAAUUACCAUGCAGGACAUACUGGAACCCAGAACAAGUCCAAGAGAAAAUUGCUUGGGUUUUUCAUGAUUCUGUUGAUUCUGUGUUGCAA